AUGAAGCCAGGACCUUGUAUGACACGCGAUUUCCAGAACUGUGUCACCUUCCUCGACACUUGCAGGCCGCAACAACCGCACUGCUUGAGUCCGAGGUCCGACGACGAUGCUGCCACGACAAGCGUACCUGGGAUCAGCGAGGCCAGCCAGAACCGUGCGCGUCGGCAGUGCCUCUACGGCUUCGGGCUCACAAUGAGCAUCUUGCUCAACACCAUCCUACGCGCGUACGAUCCCAAGGACGCAAAUCUCGUCGACGAACCCAAUCAUCUAGCUCACGAGAUCAUCGCACUGGCUGAACAACAAGCGUCCAUCUACCGGCCACUGGGCGCUGCGUACAUGCUUCUUUGUCUCAUGUCAGCCUGGACCGCCUCUGCCGACACAGACGCCAGCAUCCACGCCGAAGUCGACCCCGUGCUGGCCGAUUACCAAUUGGACUUCCUGGGUCCGCGAGCAAAGGAGGGCUGCGUCAAGCUGAUGCUGGUCAUAUGA